GACAGCCCGCAGCUUGGCACCCAGGCGGCCUGGGGGCUCGAGGCCCAGGCGCCCAGCACGGCGCGCGCGUCGCUCGCGCCCUUUCGCGUUGCGGGCCCCAGGGGACUGGCAGCGGGAGUGAACCGGGGGAGAUCGCGAACGCCGCGGCAGGAAAGUCAACAGACUUAACUGAGGAUGUCUGAAAACCUUGACAAGUCCCAUGUAAAUGAAGCAGGAGAGUCAAAGUCGGCUGCCUCGGAGCAGGGCCAGCAAGGUGCUCCGGAGUGCUCUGAUGAAGCCCAGGAAAAAGUAAAGUCGGACUCGCCUAGUCCCCUGAGAGUGGGAAGACCUCACUCUAGUCCUCCUCGGCUUGUCACUGUAGAGGAACUGCUAGAAACAGCAAAAGGAGUCACCAACAUGGCUCUAGCCCAUGAAAUUGUGGUAAAUGGAGACUUCCGGAUUAACGCUGUUGAAUUAGCUGAAGGCAGCUUGGAGAAGAGAGUGAAGGAGAUUGUACACAAAGCAUUCUGGGAUUGCUUGAGUGUCCAGCUAAGUGAAGACCCCCCGACCUAUGACCAUGCCAUCAAACUUGUAGGAGAGAUCAAAGAGACUUUGUUAUCUUUCUUGCUGCCUGGUCACACUAGACUGAGAAACCAGAUAACAGAAACCUUGGAUCUGGAGCUGAUAAAACAGGAAGCGGAGAAUGGGGCCCUAGACAUUUCCAAGCUGGCAGAAUUCAUUGUUGGCAUGAUGGGGAUAUUGUGCGCACCUGCUCGAGAUGAGGAAGUUAAAAAACUAAAGGAUGUUAAGGAAAUAGUGCCUCUUUUCAGGGCAAUAUUUUCUGUGUUGGACCUAAUGAAAGUCGACAUGGCCAACUUCGCUAUCAGUAGCAUUAGGCCACACCUCAUGCAGCAGUCAGUUGAAUAUGAGAGGAAGAAAUUUCAGGAAGUGUUGGAGAAGCAGCCAAACUCCCUGGACUUUGUCACCCAGUGGCUGGAGGAGGCCUCAAACGACCUUUUGACUCAGAAGUGCAAACAUGCCCUUCCAGCCGGGGGAGGUGCUGCUGGCUCUGGGGAUGCUCCACCGCUGACCGCUGUCUCUGUCCAGAACUAUGCCUACCUGAAGCUUCUGAAAUGGGACCACUUCCGGAGACCUUUCCCUGAGACAGUUUUGAUGGACCAGCCUCGUUUCCAAGAGCUCCAGCUCCAGCUGGAGCAGCUGGCCCUCCUGGGAGCUGUGCUGCUCGUCACGUUCAGUACGGCUGCACCUGCAGUUUCUGGGCAUGCCGGCUUUGCGGAGAAGCUCAAGACGGUGGUGAAGAUUCUGCUAACAGACGUGCAUCUGCCUUCCUUCCAACUGGAGGACGCCCUGACUUCCAUUGGGGAGAAAGUGUGCCUGGAGGUGAGCAGCUGCCUCUCCAUGUGUGGAUCCUCUCCAUUCUCUGUCAGUAAGGAGACUGUGCUCAAGGGCCAGAUUCAGGCCCUCGCCAGUCCUGACGACCCGAUUCGCAGGAUCAUGGAGUCCCGAAUUUUGACCUUCUUGGAGACAUACCUUGCCUCUGGUCAUCAGAAGCUCUUGCCUACAGUGCCUGGGGGAUUGGGUCCCAUUCAGAAAGAGCUAGAAGAAGUUGCUGUGAAAUUUGUGCGCCUGGUCAACUAUAACAAGAUGGUGUUCUGUCCGUACUAUGAUGAAAUUCUCAGUAAGCUCCUCCUCCGCUCCUGAGGUGCACAGCUGCCACAGCUCGUUCCUCAUCUCCUCAGAACCCCGCUCUCGCAGUGCCGUGGAGAAUGGCAUGUGGCACAUUCCUGUGUAAUAGCACUGGUUCCACAGGGACUGAAGAAUGCACUGAAUUCUGUUUUGAGGACUGUAUUUAUGAGUGCAAGUUUACAAACCUAAGAAGCUUUUGUUCUCUUGAGACUAUAGGGACACAUAGCUUUCAGUAAUUGGCCGUCUGUGUCUCUGCUCCUGCUUCAUCAGGUUGGAGGAGCUGCUUCUCCCAAGGAACCUGAGACAGUUGUCUCUUUCUCAGAUACUCUGUGCUCAUAGUCAUAAGCCAAGCCUUGUCCUCCUGCCCCGUGUACAACCUCCCUCCCACUACUCUUCCCUGUGGGUACUUUAUGACAGGGCUGCCUGUAGCCGUACAGGGUCCUAGCCCUCUCCUUCCCACUCUGUCCAUUUAUUGCUUCUUGGGUCUGACCUAACAGUGUUCCAGAGCCCUUUUCUACAGCAGAGUUACUCAAUAAUUUAUUUUAUAUUAUUAUUAAAACAGCAUCUCUAUACUCCCCUGGCUGGUGUAAAACAUGCUGUCCCCAGACUUUCAUCAGUCCUCCUGCCUCUGCCUCACAAAUGCUAGGGUUACAGGCCUCUGCCGCCAUACCCAAUGGAUAGAACUUGAUUUUUCAAAGCUUGCUUUGCUGGCUGGGAUGUACUGUGGCCAGUGUUUGCCCAGCCUGCACAGGCCCUGGAGUUGACCUCUCCUAGUAUUGAGAAGCCAUAAGCCCCUGUAGCUUCAGUUACUUUUAAAAGGUAGACGAAUUGUCUGUGCCCAGGAGCUCAGGGGCAGCCUCGGUAACAGAGACUCCAACUUAAGAGAGUAAGAACAGCCAGGUGGUAGGGCUCACCUUCAGUCCCGAUCCUUGGAAGGCAGAGGGAGGUGGAUCUCUUGAGUUCAGGACCAGCUUCAUCUAUAGAAUGAGUUCCAGGACUGCUAUCGAUACACAGAGAGACCCUGUCUCACAAACCAAAACAGAAAUACUGUUCCUUCUACAGAAGUACUCCUGAUUCUUGAUGGUGGCAAUUAAAGCCAGGCAUGGUGACAUAUGCUGUA